AUGGUGAAAGAAGCGACCCCGUGCGGGGGUCGAAAGUGUUCGCAUUGCGGGCACAAUGGUCACAAUGCGAGGACGUGCAACGGGAAGGGGUGUGUGAAGCUGUUCGGCGUGUACGUGUCGGAGAACUCGCGAGCGUCAAUGAAGAAGAGCUCCAGCGCCGAGAACAUGAGAUCUCCGUCGUGCAACAAGAGCUCGGAAUUGGCCGGGGUCGAUCUGCUUGGUUAUCUCUCUGACGACCCCAAUCACCAUUCUCCGGAAGCCAAAGCUGCUCGUGAAAGGAAGAAAGGAAAACCAUGGACUAUGGAGGAGCACGUGACGUUUUUGGAGGGUCUGAAGAAGCUUGGGAAAGGGGAUUGGAGAGGGAUCAGCAAGAACUUCGUGCCCACCAGGACGCCAACUCAGGUCGCGAGCCAUGCCCAGAAAUACUUUCUGCGACAGGUGAUCAACGACAAGAAGAAGCGCCGGACAAGCAUGUUUGAUUUGCAUUCUCAAGACCACGACCAUGAUGAUGCCUCUCCAGAUUCUCCGGUCAUGCGUCCAAAUGUGGCAACGGAAGCCCCAACAUCACAUUCACAGGCAUGUCUCUCUGAACUCAUAAGAACAUGCUUUGUCCUGGAUUUUCAUUGUUCAAGGCUUACAGUCUUAUCUUUAUUGUUCCAGGCAGUUACUUCAUCAAAAUCUCUAGAUGUCGCAGCACAGAAGCAGAAUGCUCUGCAAGUGGUGGAACAGUUUCCAGCUCUUUGCUUGGAUAAUCCUCCUGUCGGACCAUGCCCGCGCACCGUCGAUGUUGGGUACUGGUUUCCACGUGCCGCCGUCCUCGGCAUUCCUCUGGAGGCCCGGCGAGCCCAGUAG